UUGAAGGUUAUGCAUAAUUCAACAGCUCAACUUUGGGGCCCGCCUCUUUUCUGGGAGUGGGAGUUCGCUCCAAACUUUGUUUAUGGGACAGUCCGGGAGCCGCGGCGGCCGCGCUGUCUGCUUCUCCUCCGCCUCCUUCUCGCGGAGCACGAACGCCUGAGGCCAGUUCGGGGGAUGUGAGAGCCGAAGCCCCUGGGCUGCCAGGCACCAAGUCGGGAUUUGCCAGCCGGGCCCCGGCUACAGCCCUGCGAGCUCGGGACGCACCGAGCGACUGAGGCCCGACGGCGAGUUCGGGCGGGACGGCGGCCGCCGCACGCCCAGACUCGGCUUCGCUGCGCGCCCAGAAGAUGAAUCCGGCCUCGGUGCCCCCCCCGCUCCCGCCACCCGGGCAGCAAGUGAUCCACGUCACGCAGGACCUAGACACGGACCUCGAAGCCCUCUUCAACUCGGUCAUGAACCCCAAGCCCAGCUCGUGGCGGAAGAAGAUCCUGCCCGAGUCGUUCUUCAAGGAGCCUGACUCUGGCUCUCACUCGCGCCAGUCGAGCACCGACUCGUCCGGCGGCCACCCCGGGCCCCGGCUGGCCAGCGGCGCCCAGCACGUCCGCUCGCACUCGUCGCCCGCGUCCCUGCAGCUGGGCACCGGCGCGGGUGCUGCAGGCAGUCCAGCGCAGCAGCAUGCGCACCUCCGCCAGCAGUCUUACGAUGUGACCGACGAGCUGCCGCUGCCCCCGGGCUGGGAGAUGACCUUCACGGCCACUGGCCAGAGGUACUUCCUCAAGUAA